AUGCCGACCUCCUGGCUCUCCCCAUCGUUGACAUCGCCCGCAAAAGCGCGUCACAACCUCAACGCACGAUCCAUCCCCUCCAAUCUUUAUGUCGUCCUCACCACCGCCGCUAUCUCAAGCAUGUUCACUCUCCUCGGCGUGCGCGUCUAUGCUCGAUACGUGCGCAGGAUACCCAGUUCCGAAUGGGUAAAUCCCAGGAUCCUAGCAGAGAAGAGGUGGAUCAGGGGAAAGGUCACCAGCGUGGGAGAUGCGGAUAACUUUAGGCUGUUUCAUACGCCUGUGCUUACUCGGGGACGGUGGAGGAAGGUUCCCCAGACUGCCCAGGAGCUGAAGGACCAGACGAUACACAUCCGCCUGGCGGGCGUUGACGCUCCCGAGCUCGCACAUUUCGGCCGCCCGGCACAGCCCUACGGGCAGGAAGCGCUCGCCUGGCUUAAGUCGAUGAUCGAAGGGAAGACGGUCUAUUGUCAGCUCUUCCGAAGAGAUCAGUACGGCAGGGUGGUCGCGACAUGCGUCGUCCCGAGAUGGUACCUUCCCCUCUGGUUGCGGUCGGGAAAGUGUGUCGAACUGGAGAUGCUCCGCGCUGGCCUGGCGACGACAUACACACAAGCGGGGGCAGAGUACGGCAAGUGGGGCGUGGACGAGUUCCAGAAAGUGGAGGAGGCGGCCAAGAAAGCGAAACGCGGCAUGUGGUCCAAGAUGUCAACGUACGAAAGCCCGGCGGAUUAUAAACGGCGAUAUAAGAAAGAAGAGACGGAUGAGAUGAGCAAAGCUAUGGAGCCUGAGCAGCG